UAAAAUUGAUAGUCACCUUGAGCAGCACAUUUGGGUUCGUACAACCCUGAUGUUUAUACACUCCAAACCCUAGCUUUUCAUCAUCCCUUCAUCACCAUCUUCUCCACAUCUCACCUGCAAAAAGAGAAACCCUAAUCCGUCCCGAAGAUGUCGCUCUAGUUCCUAAAUUACCCCCUCUUUUACAUACAUUCGUCCAGAAGGAUUUAUAUAUCUCCGAUGUCUCUCGACGGCGCAACUACACCAGCGGCAGGCGACGGCAGACCUGACCCGGCUGGUGGCUCCCAGUCGGGGCACGCCAACGGAAGUAUUAAUGGUGCGGGGCAGCAGAACGGCGUCAUCGCGCCGCCGCCUACGUACUUGACGCACAGGCUGAGGCUGAACCCGAAUUCUGAUCACAGACCCGAUAAUUACGAGGAUUUGGAGCUAGAUUUCAGCCCGAUGGUCUUUAGCUCGCUGGAGAGAUAUCUCCCGCCAAAUCUCCUCCUCCAGCCGCGAGAGGUGAAGGUCAAUUACAUGCGCGAGAUUCUUGUCCGUUACUACCCCGAGAGCGAGCGCGUUAGGAUUCAGAAGCAUAGAGAAUACAGACAGAAGAUUAUAUCCAACUAUCAGCGCCUACACAGGGAGCUUUAUACGAUGCAUGCUUCAAACUUUUUUGUCCCCUCGUUCCUCAAGGCUAUCAAUGAGAACACUGAACAGGGUUUUAGAAACAUAAUGUCUGAACCCUCUCCAGGAGUCUUUACAUUUGAAAUGCUGCAGCCACGAUUCUGUGAAAUGUUGCUAGCUGAGGUAGAAAAUUUUGAAAAGUGGGUCCAUGAGACAAAGUUCAGAAUCAUGAGACCUAAUACAAUGAAUAAGUAUGGUGCUGUUCUUGAUGAUUUUGGCAUGGAAACCAUGCUUGAUAAGCUCAUGGAAGAUUUUAUACGGCCAAUAUCAAAAAUUUUCUUUGCUGAGGUAGGUGGAUCAACGCUUGAUGCUCAUCAUGGUUUUGUUCUUGAGUAUGGGAUGGAUAGAGAUGUUGACCUGGGUUUCCAUGUGGAUGACUCCGAAGUCACCUUGAAUGUCUGCUUGGGUAAACAAUUUUCUGGUGGUGAACUUUUCUUUCGUGGCGUACGGUGUGAGAAACAUGUAAAUACAGAAACACAGUCAGAGGAGAUCUUUGACUACUCGCACCUUCCAGGGCGUGCAGUUCUGCAUCGCGGUCGCCAUAGGCAUGGUGCUAGAGCAACCACAUCAGGAAAUAGGAUUAACUUGUUGUUAUGGUGUAGAAGUUCUGUUUUUAGAGAGCUGAGGAAAUAUCAGAAAGAUUUCUCCAGCUGGUGUACAGAGUGCCAACGUGAGAAGAAAGAGAGGCAGCGCCAGUCUGUUGCUGCUACCAAACUGGAAUUGCUGAGGAGAGAAGGGCAGGCUGCUACUUGAGCUCCUAAUUGUCUUUGCGUUCUAGACCUGUAUUAUAUGCCAACCUCAUCCUUGAAGAAACAAUCUUGAGCGUAGUCAGUAGCAAGGAAAAUGAAGCUUUUGUUGUCUGUUUCUGGUGCGAUCUAAGCGCAUAUGUACAUGAAAAUUGGUAGGUUCGAGAUGUCUGUAUUAAUCUCCUAGUCUUGACCUUAAAAGGAGCUGACUCAUGUGAUUAUAACAAUCAUUCUUUAGAGAUUUAUCUGUUUCUAGUUCUGUUGAUGGUAAUCCUUGAUGAGAAAAUACA